UGUCACUUUUAUCUAUUGCGUGAGUGGUAUUUAAGAGAAGAUCAGCUGUUGGGUGAAACAUCAACAACAGAAUCUUUUUCCAUCAACAAUGGCAACAGCACAUUACAGGGACGUUUCGCCCUUCUUGCGAUUAGUUCGCAAGACGCUCAUGGGUCGAGAGCAUAAAAGUGCUCUGCGUCAAGCAGACACUGUUUCUUGCCCUUCACAACCACCUCCCAAUCUACCACCUGGUGUGAGUGCUAAGCUCUUUGCCAAUUAUUAUUACAUGCGUGAUGGCCGCCGAGCAGUUAAACCAAACGAGGUCUUAGCUAUUAAUUCUCCAAGUGAACCUACAAAGCUUUUGUCUGCUUCUCCAAAGUCAGAGGAUGCGCUUGAUGUCCAGACAAAGACGCCAAAAACUCCAGGCAAUGUCCAUGGUUAUGGCAGUGGCUUCUACUGAAAUUGUAGAUCAUUUUUUAAACCUUCUAUAGUGUAUGUACAGAUUAUUAUUGUAAUCAAGGAGGAAGCGCUAAACCUGUAGGAUUAUAUGUAUGUACAGAAUGUAAAUUAAAUGUUAAAUUAUAAA